AGAGCGUGCAAAUCAGGUUGGCAAGAACUCAUCCAUGCAUAAAGUAGAUAUACACUCGGCUAUUGGCAAAAAAGCCUCGAUCAGCGAAAAAAAUGCAAAUAAUAAGUUUAUAUAAAAAUUCUUUGAGUAUACUAUGAAAUAAGUACAUAAAACAAAUAUCUGUCUUGUGCGUGACACAUUUUCUUUAGUGCUUUUGUGUGGAACAUUAAUUGCGUACAUUUCUGCUAAAAUGGGUGUUAAGCCUAUUCUAAUAUUUUUAAUGGUAACAUAUGGCUGUUGUGUAACAUUUGGGUGUUGUUCCAAAAUGACAGUAAAAAAAGAAAAUAGGGUUCGAGACAAACGAAACAUUCCGUACGCAGGUCAAACAUUACAAGCAACUUACAAUAUUCUAAGUCAUCCAAUAGUUGCAGCUGCACUUCAAAAAAUAUCGAUGGACGCAAUGGCCACUGUAGCAUCAGCCUUAAAAGAAGUUCAUCAAUCGGAAGAAAAUGAAAAAAAGAAAAAACUUAUGACAAAAACGUUAGACAAAAUUUCAAAAAUAAAUAAUGCUUCAUUACGUCAGCCUAUGCCUUUACUUCAUGACUUUGACGAUGGUUCCGGAUCAGGGGAAUUAGAAGGAGAAGAUUCUGAGGUUUCAGGGUCUGGUAAUGAAGCUGAUGUUGCUUCAAAUAUAAAAGUUCAUAAUACAACAAUUAAAAGAUCAAAAGUUAAAAAUUCUGCUAAACAUCAUCAUCGCCACCAUCAUCAUCACCACCAUCAUCGGCACCACCAUAAAAAACACGAGAAAGCAAAAAAAAAAAGUUCAACCAAUAAAGAGGAGAAUAAUCAUAAAGAAACAGAGCUGGCUUUGAAACAUAUUAAUUGGGAAUUUAUUGCAAACAAUACAAGCAUUGUUGAAAAAAUAGCAAAAGACUCUCACAUUCCUGUUAAAGAUCUUUUACAGAUUCUUCACAAUGGUGCAAGCCGCUCUGAUAUCACCAAACAAGCAGCUGCUCUUCUUAACAAAUCUAUUGAAACACAAAAUGAUCUUUCAAGGAUAUAUAGUGCUGAAGAAAAAAAACCAGAAGAUGAAGAUAAAGAACUAAUUGCUAGUAAGAAUGUAAGUCUACCAGUUCAACCAAAAGUCGAAAAGGUUCCUGUUAAAACUAAAUCAUUGAAAGAAAACGUGAAAACUGUGACAAACAAAACAGCUGCACUAGUUAUUCCAAAGAACAUACCUGACAAAUGCAGUAGCUUAGUGAAACAAUAUUCAGAUGGAGAGAUGAUUCUCAUGGACUAUUUAAAACAAAUGAAGAUUUGUAAGAAAGGAGAAGAGGUCGCAAAAAAGCUUGCCAAUACAACGCCGUUGCAAAGAGUUGCACUUGCUACUCAGGAUUUAAUUCAACAGCAAGCAUAUAUGUAUGCUUUAAAUUCAAUGAGAAAUUCGAAGCCAACAACGGCUAAAGAGGCUGCAACUGCAGAAGGUAUAAUGGACAAAUGGAGAUCAAAUAGUUUUGGCGUAAAGCCGGCACCAAAAUCUAACAUUAUACCAAAUACAAUAAAACUGUUUAUGACUCAACAAGCACCAGUUAAAGCAGCAGAACCAUUGAAAGUUUCCUCAUUGCUACCCGUUGUUGUCUCAAAAGACAACGCAAAAGUUAGCAAUUUUGAAAAAGAUGCAAAAUCAAAUGAAAAACCUGAGAUUACAAAGCGAAAAGUUAUACCUGAAAAUUUAGCUUUAUUUCAUAAAAUUAAUUUGUUAAAUGGCGAAACGGACCAGUCACUUCCUCAAACUGGUCAUGAAUCUUUAGUUAAUUUACCUAAAGUUAUCCCUGGUUUAUCAACGGGGUCUUUAAUAUCCGAUCCUAGCUCUAGGAGUCAUCAGGCAACAGAGAGUGUUGAAAUGUUUAACAGAUUUGGGUUUUUAGAAAAAAAAUCGUUUGUUCCCGACGGACAUAAAGUUACAAAUCUCAAAAUAUUUUCUCCACAAUUUUUUCAUGAAACGCUUCCUCAACAAAACAUUGCUCAACGAAGUGACAUAAACGAAGCAAUUAAUAAAGAAGUUUCGUCUCAAGCAACAUCACCUUUUACAAUAACUAACGCUGACCCAAACAGUCUUCUGCAUUUACCAAAUAAUAUGCUUUUAAACCCCAAAGCGGAACCUAAAGUUGAUGUUGGAACUAUAAAAAACUAUUUUAUACAAAGUCAUCCAUAUGAAGCAGAUAUAUCAAAUGCAAUGUUGACCAACAAAGAAAUUGAAAAAGAGCAAUUUCUUGCAAGUCUCGCUAACCCAGUUUUUCACGACAUUCCGGUUGAUAGUACAUUAACAGCUGCUAUUCAAAGAAUGUCAAACAUAAAUCCUUUGGAUAAUAUCAUAAAAAGCGUAGAACUACAAAAACGAGAUUUGAGCAAUUUAGCUGAAAAAGUUUUAGACAAUAAGAAAGACCCAAUUCUCAAAGUACAAAGUGAUAAGGCUAUCGAAAGAAGCAAAAUGAGCGUUCCAAUAGUUGACUCACAGCAGGGUCCAAAAUUGAUGGACAAAAUAAGAGAUAUAGGUAGAAUUAUUGCAACGCCAUAGAAUUAUAGUGACUUUAGUUAAUUACUGCAACAUCCACUAAAUUUUAGCAAUUGAAGUUUUUAAUCAUUUACAGUAAGAUUUUAUGCAGUUAUAUAUCAUAAUAUUUAACUAAAAUUAAACAUUACAAACAAAAUUAAAAAGUUCAAAACUACACUAAUAAUUUAAAUUUUUACUAAAAUAACACAAGAAAAAAAGUCGGAUUUUAAUAAAAUACAUUUAAAUGCAACGCAGUAACAGGUAUAAAAUUAAAUACCAUCAACACAAAAAAUUAUGGUAGUUUUAAUUCCCAUUACAGUUACUGUUGCUUAGUUACAGUUACUGUUACUUAGUUAUUGUCGAAAAUGUCGAAAAUGAAAAGAAGAUCUUAAUUUCAAAGCAGAAGAUUUUAUGUUAAUUUCUUUUAUUUAUAAAGAUAGUUAUAAAAAGAGAUAUAUCGUGUAUAAUUAUAGUAUACCUUAGUAUAACUUAUGGAGGGGUGGUAUAACAAAUAGGGAAUCCGACUUUUUUUUUUCUAAUUUUUUUGAAAUAUAAUGUUUUAAGUUUUAUAAUUAAUAUCAUUUCUUUAAAAACACUUUACAAACACUUUAUCGUUCCAGGCUAAAUUGUUUGCAAUCACCAUCCAAAAUAUAAUUUAUGUUAGGUUUAAUAAUUGUUUAUAAUGUUUAAAAAACCUUUUUUUUUUCAUUUAUUUCAAGUCGUAUGUCUUCGAUUACAAAUGUUUUUGCACUAGUUGCCUAAUUACUGAUUUUAAUUGUGUAAAUUACUAUAUCUGGUCAGUGUUUUAUUUGUAUAUUAUUUGCAUUAUGUCUGUUAAUUUUUCGUAUAAUAAUUGCGUCACACAAUGUCUUCGUUGUAAUACUUGUAUUAAGUUCUUGACAUGUUUAAAGUUCUAUUUUUGUAUCUUAUAUUUAGUUUGUAUGUAAGUUUCUUUUUGUGUAAACUCUUUUAUAGAAAAUAUUCUGUAUUUUUA